AUGGCCUCCGAGCUCCUCUCGCGCCUCGCGGAAGCCCCGGGGCCGCCAGAGAUCCUGGCCCUCACCUUCGAGUUUGCUGCCAAUCUGGACGCAGCCUGCGCCGUGACUGCUCUCGAGGCCAUUGCCAAGCACCCCGACCGAGCAAGCGUCCAAAGAGACAUGCGCUUCGCAAAAUUGGUCUUUGACCUCCACGCCUUGGCCCGGCGCCGUGGCUUCCGAAGUCGGCUCCUUCCCCGAGCGCUGGCGGCCGUGCGGAAGCUGGGCCGCUCGGUGGAGAAAGGUUCCCAUCUGCAAAGUUGA